AUGAACAUUUUAGAUGAACUCUCGAAACUCUACAAAGGAAAUGCGGAAUAUUCUGCCGUGAAAAGCAAGUCGAAAUGCCUGGAAAAUACGCGUGUCCAGAUCCUGGAAUCGAUACUCAGUCAUUUGGAGAACCGGAAGCACCGAUUUGUCUGGCUUCGUGGCUCUCCGGGUACUGGGAAGACUGCUAUAUCAAUGAGUGUUGCCUCGGCUCUCAACAAACAGGGUCGCUUGGCAGCAUCUUUCUUCUGGGACAAAAAUCGGAAGGGCGAAGGACUUGCUUCGAUUGAACACUUUCCCUCUACUGUUGCACGUCAGCUUGCCUUAUUUAACGCCGAGUACGAGGGUCUUCUUGUUAGUCAACUUCGACAGUCCUCGGCACUG